CACCCUGUCUGUUUUUUUUUGCCUUUCCCCUGUCCGUCCUACUGCUCUCUCUGUCACCCCUCUCUCUCUCUCUCUAGACAGACAUACCGCACCAGGAAGCGCCCACUCAUUCCGCACCACGACGCGCACUUCCCGCCUCCGCCGUCCUCGCGCCGGCACGCACGCACGCACUCGUUCGCGCGCAUACAUACACGGCACGAAACUCGAGGACGCGUCCCCUGUUUUGUGCUUGUUUUGUCGCAGGCCGCCAUGGCGCACGGCGGCUUCCUGGGUGCUUUCCACGAGCUGGCGUGGCCGCUCGCCCACGCCGCCAACCGCGCGCCGUUUGACGCCCUGCAGGUGCAGGUGCAGCACGCGCUCAUGGGCGCCGGCUGGGAGCACGAUUGUCUCGCCGCGAUGGGCUCGCUCGUGUCUUCGCCGUCGUCGCUCGCGGCGGCGGCCACCGGAGGAGCCCACGAGGCUGUUCUCGUGGAUAAGCUGGCGAGCAGGCCUGGCGUCAGCGUGCCGUCGCCGCCGUAUUCACGGUACGCGUCAUGCUACAGCACGCCAGUGGGCUCCCCAUCCAAGCCGGUGGCAUCGUCCGGGGCUCCUCUGCUCGCCGCGGACACUGUGCUCACGGAGCGCGCCGCACGGCUCUCGUGUUUCGCGGCGGCCUCCGGUAGGAAGCUGCCACGCGUUGCGAGCAGCCCGUCGCUCCACGCCGAACCGGCGCCGGCACCGGCGGCCGCACCCAAUUGUGCCAACCUGCACGCGAGCGAUGGGUCGAGCAGUGACGGCCCUUGCCGGAAGCGGAAGGGGGUGGGCGCCAAGUCCAAGGCCAAGGACGCGGUGACCGCGUCCACCAUGAUGUCCCCGGAGCCGGAGAGGAGAGCCAAGAAAUGCAAGCUCUCCACGGACGCCGCCGAAGACGAGAAGCCAAAGCCAGCGGCUGGCGAGGUGGGGCACAGCAAUGGCAAGGUGAAGGAGGUCGUCGCUGAGCCGCCCAAGGACUACAUCCACGUCCGCGCGCGCCGCGGCCAAGCCACCGACAGCCACAGCCUCGCCGAGCGGGUGAGGAGGGAAAAGAUCAGCGAGCGUAUGAAGCUGCUGCAAGACCUCGUGCCUGGCUGCAGCAAGGUAAAGAUAUUUGAAAAAAAGGUUACGGGGAAGGCCGUGAUGCUGGAUGAGAUAAUAAACUACGUGCAGUCGUUGCAACGGCAAGUGGAGUUCUUGUCGAUGAAGCUCUCGACCGUCGACCCGCGGCUCGAACUCGAUGUGGAUAGCUUCCUCCCCAAAGAUGCUAACCAGCAGGGCGCGCCUGAGGCAUCGUCCCUGCCUCCGCCGCCGCCAGUCUAUUCGUUGGAGGGCUCGAGCUCGGCGUUCUGCUACGCCUCAUCUCAUGGUAUCCCUGGGCAGACUGCGGUGACAAAUGCCAAAGACUUUGAAACGUCGUCGUCCUUCGUUAACCACGGCAUCCCAGAUCGCUCAUUCGAAGGAUUUCAAAAUGCUAAUUCGCAGGUACAGCAGAAUUUGUUAGAUUGGGAGCUUGUGGGAGGAUGACCUCCAAAGCCUAGUCCAGAUGGGGUUCCGGGGCAAUACGUGAUCAUUGGCGCUCUGAUUGAGGGUCAGUUCAGUUUCACCAACCACGGCAAGAGAUGAUCAACGGGGGCCAUGUCUGGUGCAGGGCCACUUAAACAACAGGGUUGGACUCCAAUCAUUGGAUUCUCCAUGAUUGUACAUACACCCGUGCAGUGCAUAGGAACGAGACUCUUACUCGCUAAUAGUCUCAGAUCAAAGUUUGCAGCUCAGCGAGGUCGAGAAAAAAGGGCGAAAAGGAGUUGUUUUCUUGCGUUUCCAAGAGAAAUUUGCAAUGUGAUGUAAUGUAAUGAUGUUUAGUCUUUUAGACAUCAAGUUGAUACUAUUAUACA